AUGGGCCCGCUCGACCUGACACAGGCUUCCAUUUUACGAGUGGCACAUAUUGCUUCGGAGCUGGGUGCGCAGUGCAAGCGCCCAGUAUGCAGUCGCCUCGGCGUGGAGUUGCUCCUCCUCGCCAACUAUUUCGACACGGCUGUGUGGGACCAAGAGAAGCACCUGCGUCUGUGCAUAUCAACGCUAUUGAGGGAUAUUGAGAUCAUUUGCAAUGUAUGCCGAACCAAUUAUCCGCUCCUCGAGACUAUCUGCCAACUACCCUCAGGUACACAAUAUGAAAAGGCACGCGUAAGAAUCCAACAGGGGAUCGGCAAUAUUACAGGAAACCCAGACACGGCAGAAGGUGCCCUUCGACACAUCCAGAAAUUGACGGCCCGCAGCAAGAAAGAGUAUCGGCAGACCAAGGAGGACACAACGACAAGAAAAGUCAGGCCAGUGGAACAUCCAACUGAUGUCAAUAUACGGAAUUAUGCAGAAAGCACGAUGUAG